AUGUCGGAUUUAAACAAGAAACUAGAAACACUUUCAUUACAAUUUUCCAACCAUCAACAAAGCUUAAAUGACUUGAUAUCAUCACGAUCAACAUUAGAAACCCAAUUGCAAGAGAAUAAAAUUGUUGAACAAGAAUUUACUCAACUAAGUGAAUCAGACAAGAUAUACAAGCUUACGGGACCUAUAUUAUUACCUCAAGACUAUAGUGAAGCUUCAAUGAAUGUUAACAAGAGAAUUGAGUUUAUUCAAGGUGAGAUUGAACGAGUUGAAAACAAGAUUGGUGUUGAAGAGAGUGAAAUGGAGAAGAUUAGGGGUGAGUUGAUCGCACUUCGGACACAAGCUCAGGGGUAG